AUGAUUGCUUUUGCAGAAAGAAGAAACUCCUCUGCAUCUAGCUUGUCAAAGUCACAAAGUAGAUGUGGUCCGCCAACUGAUAAAUUUGUAAAGACCAAGUUUGGAACAGAUGCUGCAACCACUUAUGUGAACAGUGUAAACGAAGAAGGUGCAUCAGCAUUACACUAUGCAGCUGAAGUUGUGGAUCAAGAGAAGAGUGCCAUGGUAGCAAAUCGAGAAGUGGUUAAGCUGUUGCUGGAGAAUGGCAUCGAUGUGACUUUGGCGACUAAAUCGACUCACAGUUCAGCAUUCCACGUCUGUGCUGAUGUGGGUAACAACGAUGUCCUAUGUGUGAUCUUGGAUUUCAUGACUACAGCAGAUGUACAAAAAGCGUUGAACAAACAGACAACGAUUGGAUGGACGCCAUUACUGAUUGCAUGUCAUAGAGGACAUAAAGAAUUAGUGCAAACCUUGCUGAAUAAUCAUGCCAGGGUCGAUGUUUUCGACGUAGAGGGCAGAUCUGCUUUACAUUUGGCUGCUGAUCGUGGAUAUUUACAGGUGUGCGAUUCACUUCUCAAACAUAAAGCAUAUAUCAACAGCAAAACUCGAGUUGGAAGAACACCUCUGCAUCUGGCUGCACUGAAUGGAUUUCAGAAUUAUGCAGCUGCAGCUGGCCAGUUGAAAGUGUGUACUCUUCUACUAGAAUUAGGUGCCAGUAUAGACGCUAGUGAUGACCAAGGUCAAAAACCCAUCCACGUUGCUUCUCAAAAUAACUUUCCAGAAGUUGUGAAACUUUUUCUGCAAAGACAUCCAUCUUUGGUCAUGGCUUGUACAAGGGGUGGAAAUACUUGCGCACACAUUGCAGCUAUGCAAGGAUCCGUUCGGGUCAUCGAAGAACUGAUGAAAUUCGAUAGAACUGGAGUAAUAUCGACCAGGAAUCGAAUUACUGAGGCUACACCUCUGCAGCUAGCAGCUGAAGUGGUCAUGCUGAGGUUGUCAAG